CAGCAUUGAGGACGUAGUUCCAAAGCUUAUAAAUAACAAGGUGACAGUUUUCCACGGCGUACUCAUUGCCAGUGUCCGCAAGCCCUUGUGAGCUGUAUCCAAUAGGCUACAAACAUGUAUGCAUGUGCUAAGUUUGUCACCUCACCUGCUGUGCUCCGUGGAGGGUCCAGGGUUUUGGCCCGGCCUGUUUCAGUGUCUGUGUUCAACAGACCUGAAGUAAGAAGUGAACAGGCAGCCCUGUUGCCAGUCAGUCAAGCUUCCCUUCUUAAUGUAACCCGGGGGUUCCAGACCAGCGCUGUAUCCAGAGAUAUCGACACGGCAGCUAAGUUUAUUGGUGCUGGUGCAGCCACAGUGGGUGUUGCCGGAUCAGGAGCUGGAAUUGGAACAGUGUUCGGCAGCCUCAUUAUUGGCUAUGCUAGGAACCCAUCCCUGAAACAGCAGCUUUUCUCUUAUGCCAUUUUGGGCUUUGCUUUGUCUGAGGCCAUGGGUCUGUUCUGUCUGAUGGUGGCGUUCCUCAUCCUGUUCGCCAUGUGAUUUAGACGUCUGUUCUUCUCCCACACUGUCAACUCUGGAGACCGGAGCUAUGACGCACAGCUUAUGCCGUGGCAUUGCCAUUCCAACAAGAAACUCUCCCUUUUUAUGUUCCCCUGUACCAUUUUUCUCGUUCCGAAAGUUUUAUGUAAGAACUCACUUCACAUAAGACAUUUGAAUAAAUGGUUGAAAUCUG